CCUGGGUCUCUGGAAGACGAAGCUUGCAGGUAGCAGCCCUCAGAGUCUAAUCCUGGGUACAACGCAACAGUCUGCGGGAGCCCCCAGUCUCUGGGCGGCCUCUUUAAGGGAGGAGGCGGAGCCACGGGGAAGGAUCGUGAGGCUCCAGGCAUCCUGAGCCCAGGUCCCCCCAGCUCAGUGCAGCCAUGAGUGCCGAGGUGAAGGUGACAGGGCAGAACCAAGAGCAAUUUCUGCUCCUGGCCAAGUCGGCCAAGGGGGCAGCGCUGGCCACACUCAUCCACCAGGUGCUGGAGGCCCCUGGUGUCUACGUGUUUGGGGAACUGCUGGAUAUGCCUAAUGUUAGAGAGCUGGCCGAGAGUGACUUCGCUUCCACGUUCCGCCUGCUCACGGUGUUUGCUUAUGGAACAUAUGCCGACUACUUAGCUGAAGCCCGGAAUCUUCCCCCACUCACAGAGGCUCAGAAGAAUAAGCUUCGGCACCUCUCUGUCGUUACCCUCGCUGCCAAAGUCAAAUGUAUCCCAUAUGCAGUGUUGCUGGAGGCCCUUGCCCUGCGAAAUGUGCGGCAGCUGGAAGACCUUGUCAUUGAGGCCGUGUAUGCCGAUGUGCUUCGUGGCUCCCUGGACCAGCGCAAUCAGCGGUUGGAGGUUGACUACAGCAUUGGGCGGGACAUCCAGCGCCAGGACCUCAGUGCCAUCGCCCGAACCCUACAAGAGUGGUGUGUGGGCUGUGAGGUAGUGCUGUCAGGCAUUGAGGAGCAGGUGAGCCGUGCCAACCAGCACAAGGAGCAGCAGCUGGGCCUGAAGCAGCAGAUUGAGAGUGAGGUCGCCAACCUUAAGAAAACCAUUAAAGUUACCACAGCAGCAGCAGCUGCAGCCACAACUCAGGACCCUGAGCAACACCUGACUGAACUGCGGGAACCAGCUGCUGGCACCAACCAGCGCCAGCCCAGCAAGAAAGCCUCAAAGGGCAAGGGGCUCCGAGGGAGCGCCAAGAUUUGGUCCAAGUCGAACUAAAGGGACUGUCAUUUUUUCCCCUGGAGAUAGGGGGUCCUAGCUGCCUGCCUGACCCUUAGGAGUCCUCAAAGAGCCUUCCUGUGCCCCUGGCCAGCUGAUAAUCUUAGGUUCAUGACCUUUCACCUCUCUUCUCUCCCCUACCCCCAAGCAUAGGUCACACCCACCUUCUUUAGGGGGGAGGCAAGUAUAAGUCAUGUUUUUGUUGGUA